AUGUCUUGUACCGAUCUGCAGGCAGUAUGGCCCAUGCCAACAUUAUCUACAAAGGUUCCUGUUGUUCCUGUGUCUGAUAUGGAUUGGGGUAAAUGCUCCAAUAUCAAACAAGAUAGGACGGAGAUAUCAGCAUUAACAGCUACGGAAGUGGGCAAUUUAUUGAAAAAAUGCUCUGAUUCAGAUCGUAUGACACCACUUAUGUAUGUAAUUGAUCCUUUCGAAGAAAGGAAGAAAAUCCUCAAGAGUACCAUAUCCAAGUACGAUAUUUUUGAUGAGGUAAAUGUAACAAAAUCAUAUUCCGAGUUAAUUUCAAUUGCCAAAGGGAUAGAUUUUUCUGUUACAAUGGAAGACAUUUUGGAAAUAGAAAAGGCUUCUAGGCACCAGAGUGAAAAUAGAAACUGGUCCCCAUCAACUGUAUUUAUGGAAACAAUAAUUAAAAAUUCAGAAGCAAGCCAAUUUCUCAGAGACAUAUCAGAAGAAAUCAAUUGUAACAGUACCCCGUUGGAAUCAUGCUGCAAGGCAGUUUUAGAGUCUCUUAAGGAAACUGAUAUAAUGAAGGUGGCCAUUGAUUAUCCACAGGGAUCUGAUAAAUGGAAAGAAGAAAGACAACUCAGAAUCACUGGCAAAGAGAAUCACAAUCGUGACUUAAAACGUGCAGCAUAUACUAAGCUGGUUGAAAAAUUGAAAACAAUAGACCCAAGGGCUGACAAAGAUGCGGUUGUGAAAAAAAUAAACAACAUUCGCUCUACUUACAAAAAAGAGCGUAAGAAGAUCGCUGAUUCAAAAAAAUCAGAAGCAGGAACCCAAGAAGUGUAUAAACCAAAACUAUGGUAUUACUCUAUGUUGCUGUUUUUGGAUGACCAAGAAGAACCAAGACGUUCACGUUUGAAUAUGGACGACGAAUCCACAGACAACGGUAAGACAACGAGUUCUUUAUAUUAUUACAUGAAUAAAUAA